CCCAAUACUUGUACAGUUUUAAAGACUACUGGAAGUGUAUGUCUUUAGAACAUCGAUUCGGCAGAUUCACACAAAACUACUAGUAAAUACAAUACCUACAAAACCACUAAAAGUAACAGUAUUUUCUGCACGUCGGUGACGAGAGGCGUUUGAUGGAAGCAGUAAUAUUUUUUCAGUAUGGUCGUUCAUUACGACGGUUUUUGCACAAUCGUCGAUCCUGGGUCCUUUUGUUUUUUGCAUCUGUGCUGUUUGUGUUUUUGUGGUUUGAUAUUAUAUCUACUAGCAAUUAUUCCUGGCAUGGAGUGCAGCUAAGGUUUGACGCCGGUGGAGGGUUGCCCAGUAGAAAACCCAACAUUGUUUUUAUUCUGGCGGACGACUACGGCUGGAAUGACAUUGGUUAUCAUGGGUCCUUCAUACAAACUCCAAACCUUGACAGCCUGGCAUCAGAGGGAGUUACGUUAGAGAAUUACUAUGUGCAGCCCAUAUGUAGCCCGUCAAGGUGCCAGCUCAUGACAGGCAGGUAUCAGAUUCACUAUGGGAUGCAGCAUAGUGUAAUAACUAGCGACCGCCCCCAUGGACUGCCUUUAGAUGAAAUUACCCUACCCCAGAAGCUAAAGGAAAAUGGGUAUAGCACUUAUAUCGUGGGCAAAUGGCACCUUGGAUUCUACAGAAAGGAAUACAUGCCACUGCACAGGGGAUUUGAAAGGUUUUACGGUUACCUGACCGGAGGUGAGGACUACUGGACACAUCGGAGGCCGAACCUUUUUGCAAAGGAUCCAAACGCAUUUCACGGGCUUGACCUACGAGACCAAGACAAACCUGUCCUUGAUCAAAACGGAACCUACUCUACCAACCUGUUUGCUUCAAAAGCUAUCGAAAUCAUACGAAACCAUCCGCAGAACAAGCCGAUGUUUCUCUACCUGCCAUUUCAAGCUGUCCAUUCACCUCUCGAAGCACCCCGACAGUACAUUGACAUGUACAAGAACGUAGAGAAUACCCUCGUCAGGACAUACGCCGCCAUGGUGACAGCGAUGGAUGAGGCAGUGGGGAAUGUUACUGACGCCUUGAGAAAGACGGGAUUGUGGAACGAUACAGUUCUCAUAUUUUCUACAGAUAACGGUGCUAGGAGAAACGCUGGAAGUAACUGGCCGCUGAGAGGUUGGAAGAGUACCCUGUGGGAGGGAGGAGUACGAGGUGUUGGUUUUGUUACCAGCAAACUACUGAAGAAAGCAAAACGAAAAAGUGAUGCUCUUAUUCACAUCUCUGAUUGGUUCCCUACUCUACUUCGUAUCUCUCGUGCAUCAAAAAAUAACACAAAGUCUUUGGAUGGAUUUGAUGUCUGGGACGCAAUAAGCAUGGGAUCACCUUCUCCGCGGGAAGAAAUCCUCCACAAUAUUGACCCUCUCCAACGGCGAUCAAAAUCCUCAUCUUCACACUUGUGGACUGAUGACAUUUUUGACACCUCUACUUACGCUGCUAUUCGUUCGGGAAACUGGAAGUUGCUGACAGGUUAUCAAGACCUGGGAGGCUGGAAACAUCGAGGCACAUCAGGCAAUCAUUUUGAAGAGCCAGAAGACUCACAUGACAAGCACCUAUGGCUGUUUAAUAUUCGUGACGACCCACACGAGAGAACAGAUUUGUCUGAAAAGUACCCUGAUAUGGUCAAAGUGCUCCUAAAGAAGCUAGCGUCAUACAACAAGACUGCUGUGCCACCAUUUUGGCCAUCCCCUGACUCUAGGGCAAACCCUGCAUUACAUGGAGACCUUUUUGGGCCAUGGCUUUAGUACGUUUUGACUCCCUGUCUUUACAGAUUUACCACAAAAACCGUUACCCAUAUAUACAUCAGCAUAUAAAGUCACGAUUAGACUAGAAAGGCAGACAUUCGCUCGGGAGCAAAUACAGCAUAUUUCAGUCCAUACUCUCUUUCCACCAUAGAAUGUUACAUAUAUACCUUAAAAUUCCAUGAAGUGCUUCUCGAUAUUAUAAGUGUUUUCAUUGUCCUCCAUACCCACACAGUGCAUGUAGUAACGUUGGUUUACAAAACCCCAAACAGUGUGUUUUUUUCAGUAAAAAUUCCUUGAAACCCCCACACAAUGCCUUAUAGUAACAUAUAUUCCCACACUGUAUUUUUGACAGGAUGCAUGCCGCCAUUUAUUUGUUUAAAGGCAAAGACACCGUGUAACAUUUUUCUUCUUUUUUUUUUCUUCUCAUUUUUGGGCAACAUGAAUAAAAAGUUGAAAAGAAUGUUUAGUCAAAAUUCCUUCUUAAUCAUAAAUCAAAGAGAAAUACUUGGCUUUGGAAGAUGGCUGAGAUGGCCAGCAAACCGAACUGCCAAACUCUGAUACCGGUGUUUUGACUUUUUCAAGGUGUUUCAUUUCAGUUUAUUGAUCUAAGUUAUGUUCAUGGCAUUCGUAAAUCUUCUAUAAUAGGUGUAACAUACAGGAUAAUUUGGAGGUUUCCAAUGUAUUCCCUCAAUUGCUCAUGGCCGAUUUCUUAUGUACUCUCUAGUCUGCUCUAUUUACAAUAAACCAAUUAAGUCGAGACUUUUUUUUAACCUUUCUUCUUUAAAAACAAAGUCCAAAAAGCGUUGGCAGACUUACUUGGCGACAAUUGUUUCAUAAUACAGGAAGGGGUAUCUCUUUGUUGAAGACCAAUCCAGGUGCCUCUUAUUUGGCUUUAAACUUUUCUUAGUAGCUCAUUUCUUAUGUAUGUAUUUGUUAUAAGGAUUAUUCUUUCUGAAGUUGAAUGAAAAAUAAUAUGGGACCAUCAAAAUCACAUUCAAUCUUUUAUUCAAAAAUUGCUAUUGUUUUACCAUUUUGUUAUCUCCAGGUAUGAUUUUGAUUACGUCAGUAAUAGUCUGUAUCAUUUAGAAACUUGAACACCUCAAUACUAAUCUUAGGGAUCACAAUUGUUAUCUUUGUUCCGAGAAUACAUUUUCCGUUACUUAUUUCUGUACGUGUUGUAUUGGCACUUAUUUAUAGCCCAUGAGAAACAUUUCACUUUCACAUUGCAAAAUCCUCUGAAGGAAAGUGAUUGUUUGACUUUAUUAUUAUUAGUAAUAAUAUUAUAUACUGAUUUUGAGUAUAGGUUGAGAGGAAGAGAGGUUAUCAAAAGAUGUAAAACUAUAACGAAUAAUUAUUGCUUCGGUCCGUAUGAACCCAAGUUACUGCACUUCUUAACCAUACAGCAAUAAACGAAUCCUUGGUAAAAGUUGUGAGACGUAUACAAACAAGUUAAUGGUAAGAGCCCCUGUACUGGGAUUCACCUAUAUCAUCAAAAAGUUAGCUGUAGGCUAACCAGGGUGUGCAUUGUCAAGGCACAGUAAUAAGUUGGUACACAGCAGGAACAGGGUUAGUGUGGUCACCUUCCUCUGGAGUAACACUUGGCGUACAACUAAA